UCGUAGUGUAUGUAAGUUUUAGCAGGAAGUUACAUUUUUAGAGGAAAAUGUAACAAACGUGGAACUGUGGUAAUUUCUCAUGAGGGACUACAGGUUCACAGUAUGAAAGAGGCUGAUAAUUUUGAGAAAUAUGUGACCUGAGGAGAAGGUAUAAGAAGAUACCAACAUGGCGUCAAAACAUUCAGAAUUUGCGCAAAAUAAGGUUUAUGUUGACCUGCUGUUUGAUUCGAUGAAGAGACUCUGGACAACUGGUGACCACUCUGACGUAACAAUCGAAGUUGGUGAGAAAACGUUUAAAUGUCACAAAUGCAUCCUAGCUUCGAUGUCGCCAUAUUUUGACGCCAUGUUUAGCUCGGGCAUGCGCGAAAGCAUAAGUGGUCAAGUAACAUUUCCGGAAAUGGAUCCCGAUCUCUUUGAAAUCGUUUUAGGCUUUAUGUAUACAGGCAGAGCCGAGGAGGUAAUGACGACAGAAAAUGCAGUGGAACUGUUACACAUUGCGGCAGUGUUACAAAUCAAAGCUCUUCAGGGAAUCAUUGAAGAGUUCCUACAUCCACACCUUACUAACGAAAAUUGUCUCAAAGUUUGGCGGCUCUCCGUUCUUCACGACUGUCAUACUCUGACGGAAAAAUCCGUUCAGCUGAUAGCUAGGAAUUUCCAAGAAAUUAUUAAGACAGAGGAAUUCUGGGACUUAGAUGGGCGUGAAGUGGCAUCCAUCAUCAAAGAAGACACGCUUGACAUUGAUCACGAGGACCAGUUGUGCGACCUCGUCAUCAAGUGGAUCGAAAGAGACGUAGAAAAACGGAAAGAAAGCUGCGGUAUUCUGUUUGAACAGAUUCGACUGGCUUUUCUCACGCCGGAGUAUUUAGUGAAUUUAGAAGAAAAACACGAAUUUCUGAAAGAAAAUCUAGCAUGCAUGAAAUUUAUUAAUGAUGCAAAGUCGUUCAAACUCUUACCCGCUCGCCAACAGGAGGCCCAAGGAAAGCAGACGUGUUUGCGAUUGACUGCCAAUCAGGAAGAAGUUCUCGUGUUACUUGGUGGAUGUGAAUCGACCACGCCUCCAUAUGUUCGUUCAUUGACUGUGAUAUGCUACAGUUUUUACAGAAAAGAGUGGUUCAAUAUUGCGCCCCUUCCUUAUGAUCCAGGAAUUGAAUUCGCCUCGUGUACGUAUCAAAACGACAUAUACAUCAACGGGGGUGGAUCAAUGCAGAAGUGUUUAUUGUGGUAUGACAGCAGCAAGAAUAAGUGGCUGCAAAAUAAUUGUAUGGCAUACGGACGACGCAGACAUGCAAUAGUCGCCGUCACAGGGGCGCUUUACGCUAUCGGUGGCUAUGAUAACAAGCUGGAUGACGGACACCGGAUGUUGUCAAGCAUUGAGCGCUAUAUCAUCCAGGAGGACGACUGGGAACCGGCGGGAGAUCUACCCAUCGCCGUCAGUUCCUUCUCUGCAGCCGUAGUAGGCGAGUCUAUUUACAUAUUCGGAGGGGAGAAAAACGACCGGAAGGACACAGCGUUCAUUCAAUGUUACGAAACUCGUACUCGACAGGCAACGAAAGUGGACGCAAAGAUCCCCAUGGCGUGUAAACUUACAAAAUCUAUCACUUGUGACAAACGCAUUUUUCUCAUUUUCUUCGAUGGUCGGGUUGUUGAAUUUGUUAAAGACAGAAAAGACACGACGAAAAAGCCAUUCUGUCGGACGGUUGGUCGCCUCACGGCAUUUCAACGCAUUCAUUUCGGUGUCAUACAACAUCGUGGUAACGUUAUAGUCUUGGGUGGAGAGAUUGAUAACGCUACUCUCUGCAGUGACCUCAUUAUGUUUGACCCAUCAACCACCGGAUGUACGAAACUAAGGGACACACUUCCCAAACCGAGGCUCAUUGAUGGUUGCGUGAAAGUAGCCAUUCAGAAGAAAUACCUGCAAACGCUUAAAGAGGAUUCCCCCAAAUCGUCACGAAGAUGACGUUAGCAUAAACCCUUGUUGGAGAAAACGUAAUGCACCUAUUAAAUCUAGUGAUUUUUACUACACUUGCUUUAAAUGAACUAUACAUUAAUCAGUGUUUGUCAGUUCGGUGUGAGGCAAGUUUAAGCAUACAUAUACUUGUAUCAUCGUCAAACUGAAAGUCCAGAUUACCAGUAAAAUUGUUAAGAAUCAGAGUAGACACUGACUUCGGGAAAGAACAGUCAAAGUGACCAUACCAUCUCCACAUUAGAGUACACAAGUUCUCCCUUUACCGUCACCUCGACCGUUCUUUCCUUGUACUCUCACUUGAAUAACGUCACCUCGACUGUUCUCUUC